AUGGUCCAACUGGUGGGUUCCCUCCGAAAAGAGCUGGCUGACUCCAUCUCCACCUGCAAGGUCCUGGUGGUGGGAGCGGGAGGGAUCGGCUGCGAGCUGCUGAAGAACCUCGUGCUCACCGGCUUCAAGAACAUCGAAGUGAUUGACUUGGACACAAUUGAUGUCAGCAACCUGAACCGUCAGUUCCUCUUUCAGAAGAAGCAUGUAGGCAAGUCUAAAGCACAGGUGGCCAAGGAGAGCGCCUUGCAGUUUUGCCCCAGUGCCAACAUCACCGCAUACCAUGACAGCAUCAUGAACCCUGAAUACAACGUGGAGUUCUUCAGAAAGUUCAUGCUCGUGAUGAACGCUCUGGAUAACAGAGCUGCCCGUAACCACGUGAACAGGAUGUGUUUGGCAGCUGAUAUCCCUCUGAUAGAGAGUGGCACUGCUGGAUACCUGGGACAGGUCACGGUCAUCAAGAAGGGAAUGACGGAGUGCUACGAGUGCCAGCCGAAACCAGCACAGAAGACCUUUCCGGGAUGCACCAUAAGAAACACGCCGUCUGAGCCCAUUCACUGCAUCGUCUGGGCCAAAUAUCUCUUCAAUCAGCUGUUUGGAGAGGAAGAUGCAGAUCAAGAGGUGUCGCCAGACACGGCAGACCCAGAGGCUGCGUGGAAUCCUGAAGAGACGGCGGCUCGCGCCACUGCCUCAGAAAAGGAUGGAGACAUCAAGCGUGUCUCCACCAAGGAAUGGGCCCGCUCCACCGGGUACGACCCCGCCAAACUCUUCAACAAGCUGUUCAAAGAUGACAUCAUGUACCUUCUGACCAUGGACAAGCUGUGGAAGAAGAGGAAAGCUCCUACACCUCUGGACUGGCAGCAGCUGGAGAACAGCGAGUGUACUAAGGAGGAGAGUCCAGCUUCAGGUCUGAAGGACCAGCAGGUUCUGGGUGUUUGGGGUUACUGCCAGCUGUUUCAGCACAGCGUGGAGACACUCCGCUCACAGCUGCAGGAGAAGGGCGAGGGUGCUGAGCUGGUCUGGGACAAGGAUGACCCUCCAGCCAUGGACUUUGUUACUGCAGCAGCCAACCUGCGUAUGCACAUCUUCAGCAUGAACAUGAAGAGUCGCUUUGAUGUCAAGUCAAUGGCGGGCAACAUCAUCCCAGCUAUUGCCACAACCAAUGCCGUUAUCGCCGGACUCAUCGUGCUGGAGGGACUCAAGAUCCUGUCUGGGGAACUGGAAUCCUGUCGCACGAUCUUCCUGAACAAGUGUCCCAAUCUCAGGAAGAAGUUGCUGGUCCCAUGCAUCCUGGACCCGCCCAGCGCUAACUGUUACGUCUGCGCCAGCAAACCUGAAGUCACAGUCAAACUCAACGUUCACAAAACCACGGUCAUCUCUCUGCAGGACAGGAUUCUGAAGGAGAGGUUUGGUAUGGUGGCUCCAGAUGUUCAGAUAGAAGAUGGAAAAGGAACCAUCCUCAUUUCCUCAGAGGAAGGAGAGACGGAGGCCAACAAUAACAAAUUGGUUUCCGACUUUGGGAUCCGUAACGGCAGCCGACUCCAAGCUGACGACUUCCUCCAAGACUACACGCUCCUCAUUAAUGUCCUGCACACUGAGGACCUAGAGCGGGAUGUGGAGUUCGAGGUAGUAGGUGAGGCCCCGGAUAAGGCUCCGCCUCCUCAGACUAACCAAGAGGAGGUUAACAGCAUCACCAACGGCAACAAGGACUCCGCCCAGCCGUCAACAUCCUCCCAAGCUCCUUCAAAGGAUGAUGACCUCAUGAUAGUGGACUCCGACGAGGAGGAAGGGGCGCCUUCCAGCUCAGCAGCAGCGACCAGCGGCACGAAGAGGAAGCACUCAGACGUGGAAACUGGCGAGACCUCCACCAAGCGCCCACGGACAGACCAAUCAGCAGCUGACGAUGAUGAUGACAUAAUCGCUCUGGACUAACUCCCCUCCCCUUUCUCCUACGGGACUGCGAACUCUUUGAACGCUCGACAUUUUGACUCGAGACAGUCAGUAGGUUUAAAUAAAACACCUCCUUAAUGAAGAACCGUUUACUACCCGGGCUUCUCUUUCAACAGUUUCCCCCUCAGACGUGUUUGUGCUUUCGUACUCCCUCCACUCUCCAACAUGAUGCUGUAAAUAGAUUCUAGAUUAAAAAACAAACGGAAAAGAGGUUUUGAAAAAUACACAAACUUCUCUUUGUUAUGUCACUUCUGGUCCUUUAAGAACUGCUUCUCUUGUUGGUUAAAUAAACAAGUGCUUUUUUUGUA